CCCAACGUUCGCUCCCGCCAAGAAUAAAUUCAAACCCUGGUCUCGGCCCGGCCCCCUUAAAAACCUAUAAAUACUCCCGGCGAGACUUCCUCUUUUCAGAACUACCUUCAGUACCCGAUACUUUAACGUCGGCGAAAAGGACAAAGAAAACUUUACAAAAUGCGUGAGUGUAUUUCUAUGCACGUCGGCCAGGCCGGUGCCCAGAUGGGCAAUGCAUGCUGGGAGCUGUACUGCCUGGAGCAUGGCAUCCAGCCGGACGGCCAAAUGCCCAGUGACAAGACCAUUGGUGGGGGAGACGACUCCUUCAACACUUUCUUCAGUGAAACUGGAGCUGGCAAACAUGUUCCCAGAGCCGUCUUUGUGGACUUGGAGCCAACAGUCAUUGACGAGGUCCGUACAGGAACCUACCGCCAACUCUUCCAUCCUGAGCAGCUGAUCACAGGAAAGGAAGACGCAGCAAACAACUAUGCCCGUGGUCACUACACAGUUGGCAAGGAGAUCAUUGACCUGGUCCUUGACAGAACACGUAAACUCGCUGACCAGUGCACUGGCCUCCAAGGUUUCCUCAUCUUCCACUCCUUUGGAGGAGGAACUGGUUCUGGUUUCACCUCUCUGCUGAUGGAGCGCCUCUCUGUUGAUUAUGGGAAAAAGUCCAAGCUAGAAUUUGCAGUUUACCCUGCCCCCCAGGUCUCCACAGCUGUAGUAGAGCCCUACAACUCCAUCCUGACCACCCACACCACCCUUGAGCACUCAGACUGUGCCUUCAUGGUAGAUAAUGAGGCCAUCUAUGACAUCUGCCGCAGAAACCUGGACAUUGAGCGUCCCACCUACACCAACCUCAACAGGCUGAUUGGACAGAUAGUCUCAUCCAUCACUGCCUCGCUGCGUUUUGAUGGUGCGCUGAAUGUGGAUCUGACUGAGUUCCAGACCAACCUGGUGCCCUACCCCCGUAUCCACUUCCCUCUGGCCACCUACGCCCCAGUCAUUUCUGCAGAGAAAGCCUAUCAUGAGCAGCUGUCUGUGGCUGAUAUUACCAACGCCUGCUUCGAGCCAGCCAAUCAAAUGGUGAAGUGCGACCCUCGCCAUGGAAAAUACAUGGCCUGCUGUCUCCUGUACCGUGGUGAUGUGGUCCCCAAAGACGUCAACUCCGCUAUUGCCACCAUCAAGACCAAACGCACCAUCCAGUUUGUGGACUGGUGUCCAACAGGUUUCAAAGUGGGCAUCAACUACCAGCCUCCUACAGUGGUACCUGGAGGAGACCUGGCCAAGGUGCAGAGGGCUGUGUGCAUGCUGAGUAACACCACUGCCAUUGCUGAAGCCUGGGCCCGACUUGACCACAAGUUUGACCUGAUGUAUGCCAAGAGGGCCUUUGUCCACUGGUAUGUGGGUGAGGGUAUGGAGGAGGGAGAGUUCUCAGAGGCCAGAGAGGACAUGGCAGCUCUGGAGAAGGAUUAUGAAGAGGUUGGCACUGAUAGUGUUGGGGAUGAGGAAGAUGGGGAUGAGUACUAAACAUCAGCUAAACACCAAAGGCUCUCUAAGAAAAGCUGGACUCUGUCAUUCAAUUCUGCACAUUCCAGUGAGCUUCAUGAUUGUCUGAUCUUGUUUUUACUCUAAUAAAGAGCAUAAAGUGA